AUGAAUGGACCAACGAGACGACAGAAAAGUCAAGCUCAACGUAUCUUCGGCGAAGAAGAAGAUGUUGAAAAGUUAUACCUUGCUGCAGCUGAGAAGGGUGAUGUGCACACAUUGGAGUAUGUACUGAAGAUUGAAUCUCUGGAUGUUAAUUGCGUAGACAGGAAAGGAAAUACGGCUUUAAACCUUGCAAUAAAACAUGGACAUGUCGAUGCGAUGAAAUGCCUCUUACGUCACGAUGUUUACAUUGGUGACUCGCUACUACGAGCUGUUGAUGUGCAAACAUUCCGUGGGGUACAGAUAUUAUGUGAAUACUCUAAAACCUUCAAGGGUCGUUCUAUUAAUAUUAUUAACUGCCGCUCAGAUAACGAAGACUUUCACCCAGAUAUCACGCCAUUAGUGUUAGCUGCUCACCAUAAUAACUAUGACAUCAUCAAGAUUUUACUUCGACAUAGCGCAAGUAUUGAUGAUCCUGAAAGUAUUAACAGAGUGACCGAGAAACACACAUUGCAACAUUCACUGGGUACACUUAAUGUGUACAAGGCAUUGGCAAGUGAAGCCUACAUAUCACUCACCAAUGAAGAUCCAAUAGAUAAGGCGUUUAAGUUGAGUGUUAAAUUACGAGACAUGAGUACACGGGACUAUGAGUUUCGACAAGACUACAUCGAUCUCUCUGAAAGGUGUGAACAAUUCGCCGCUGAUUUACUGGGACAGACGCGUGACACACAAGAAUUGACAACUAUUUUAACACAUGGUAAAACAAGCCAAGGCGAUAGUGAUCUGCCAUACAAGGUAUUCCAUGCCGUCAAGCUCGAACAGAAACUGUUUGUAGCACACCCACACUGCCAACAGUUGCUUAUAGAACGGUGGUACCAUGGGUUAUCAAAUUGGAGGGAUAAAUCAAUGCUACAAACAGUGCCUAUCUCCAUUGCAAUAGGAUUCGCUUAUCCUCUACUAUCACUCCUGUAUAUAUUGGCUCCAUGUGGUCGUCUUGCAAAGUUUAUUACAAUACCGUAA